AUGCUCCCCAUUAGUAACAAUUCGAGAGCUUCCAAGGAUCAAUCAGACAACAUAUCCCAUAAAUCCCAACAAUUUCUCACAUUAUCCACUAACUCCAAUUAUAUACAACAUGCUUUCAACGAUUCGGCCACUGAGCAGUUUUCCGGAUCUCGAAAUUCGUCGGUAUCCAUCAACUAUCCAGAAUUGAAGGAAUGCGCAAACGAUCUACUCUUGCCAAGCCAUUUAUUGCCCCCCAGAGACCCAUGCACAUCUCGACUGUCAACAUCAUCUGCUUGGAAUAGUAUUCGUCUUUCGGCUCUCUCGUUAUCUCGCGUCUUCUUCCUGAAACCUUGCUCAAAACACAAAUGCUGUUUGGGUUGCAUUUCGCUUCGAGAUGCCAUUCCUCUUAUAUGCACUGUUGAAAUAUUUUCACUAGUUCUUUGUUCCACAAUCGCGAUUGAUUUUUGGAUCAAUAAUGGCAAAACAUUUUUUACAAUCAACUUUGAGGGGUAUGGUACGGAAAUUGCCCUGGGAUACUUUGCGUUUGAGAUGUUGUCAGUUUGCGUUAUACGUAAGUUUUUUAGUCAAUGUAAGACAAAAAUUAGAACUUUCGAAGAUUUCAGUUUUUACAUUGACUGUGUGGAAAAGAAGGCAACGGAACUGGUAUAUAGUGCACAUAAUUUGGCAGUUGGCUCCAAAACUACACAGUUAGUUUACAAGAGGUUCACAGAGGAAACAUGUCAAAAUGAUCCGUGUCUGAAUGGAGGAACAUGUACACCUGGAAAAUUAUCAUGCACAUGUUCUCAAGGAUGGAUGGGCAGAUAUUGUCAUAGAAAGUGUCGUAACAUCUACAAAAGUUGUGAUCGAUGGGCAGUGGAAGACAAGUGUCAUACGAUUCUGACUCAAACCAACUUUUUCGAUGUCAAUUGCGCAGUUUCUUGUAAAAUGUGCACGCCGGACGUGAACUAUGUUGCUCCGGAAAUUCCAUUGGCUCCUGCCUUGGAGCCUAUGCAAUUCUUUCUAGGAAAAUGGCACUCUAGGGCCUCGAAAGGACUACGUUUCCCUACGGACUUAUAUGAUACUGAGUAUGAAGAAAUUAUCGACAUUGCUCCAGCAAAUGUUCCAAUGUUUGGGCCCCCAUCUCUCAAUUUUACAAGUACUUCGUGGUUUGCAGAUGAUACUAGAGUUAUGCAUGGCUUUAUCACACUUAAACCAAACUCUUUCCCUCCAGAGGUUGCCAUUCUCAGUACAAGCAAUGAAGGUUUGAACAUGAUUGAGUUGGGAACUUUAAAACAUCAUGUGCUCACUCUGAACGUUUCAUACAUGCAAGUACACCCCACCAUGGAUAGCAAGGUGCUGCCUUUGGGAGCGACUAGAAGGCUAAGAAGAGUAGGAAACUUGUUGGAAAUGACAGUAGCUAAAUUAUUCAGCGAAAAUAAGGUUUCUCAAUUCAAAAAGAUGUUCAAAAAAAUUGCCGAUUAUGCUUUUUAA